ACAAACUGAAAACAGAGAGAACCAGAUCAGACAUAUAAACCCGAGCCAUGCUUCCAGGGGUCGGCGUGUUCGGCACCAGCCUGACGGCCAGGGUGAUCAUCCCGCUGCUGAAGAAUGAGGGCUUCGCCGUCAAAGCUCUGUGGGGCCGGACGCAAGAGGAGGCGGAGGAGCUGGCCAAGGAGAUGAACGUACCGUUUUACACCAACCGGAUCGACGACGUGCUGCUGCAUCAGGAUGUGGAUCUGGUCUGCAUCAACCUGCCGCCGCCUCUGACGCGGCAGAUCGCAGUCAAAACACUGGGUAUUGGAAAGAACGUCAUCUGCGACCGGACAGCAACGCCUCUGGAUGCCUUCCGAAUGAUGUCAGCAGCCCAGUAUUACCCCAAGUUGCUGAGCAUUAUGGGAAAUGUGCUACGUUUCUUGCCGGCCUUCGUUCGAAUGAAGGAGUUGUUAGAAGAAGGGUACAUCGGGGAGCUUCUAGUCUGUGAGGCCCAGGUCCACAGUGGUAGUCUCCUGGGGAAGAAGUACAACUGGAGCUGUGAUGACCUGAUGGGAGGUGGUGGUCUGCAUUCGGUGGGCAGUUACAUCAUCGACCUGCUUACGUUUCUGACUGGUCAGCGUGCAGCAAAAGUCCAUGGCUUCCUCAAAACCUUCGUCAAACAAACGGAUCACAUCCGGGGCAUCCGUCAGAUCACCAGCGACGACUUCUGCACGUUCCAGAUGGUACUGGAGGGAGGCGCCUGCUGCACUGUCACGCUCAACUUCAAUGUGCCCGGUGAGUUUCGGCAGGAGGUGAUCGUUGUGGGGACGGUUGGGAGGUUAACGGUCAUGGGGACAGACCUGUAUGGACAGAAGAACAGCAGGGGCGGAGAAAGCAGUGGAGGUCCUGAACUCCUGCUCAAAGACACCACGCCUCUUGAGAAGGCUUCCUUACCGGAGAAGGCCUUCAGUGACAUUCCGUCCCCGUAUCUCACUGGAACGAUCCGCAUGAUUCAGGCUGUGCGGCAGGCCUUUCAAGACCAAGACGACAGGCGGACAUGGGACGGGAGGCCUCUGACAAUGGCUGCUACCUUUGAGGAUUGUCUUUAUGCUCUUUGUGUGGUGGAUACCAUCAAGAAAUCCAACCAGUGUGGAGAGUGGCAGAACAUUGUCGUGAUGACAGAGGAACCAGAGAUCAGCCCAGCCUAUUUGAUCAGUGAGGCCAUGCGGCGGAGUAGGAUGUCACUCUACUGUUAGCAUCCAGCUGAUGUGCCGACCUCAUCAAAAUGGCUGAACUCCUGUGUUACCAUAAAAACUGGAGGUGGCACCAGAAAAGCCUUGGUGUUGUUGGAACAUCAUUCAUACAGCUACCGGGUUCAGUUCUUACAUUCAUCACUGCUUCAUUUUAAUACUGUCAAAUCUGUAUUGUUACUGUUACAGACAGAGAGGUUACCCUGCCUCAGCAGUAGAGGAAAAGCAAUUUAUUUAUAAGGAAUCAUUUCCUGUUUUUUUCCUUUUGACAGAAGACUUGAGUCCUUCCAGGAAGAUGCACUUGUAAAUCAAACUGAUUCAUUCAACAGAAAGACAAGAUAAAUUCCUACAGUGGAGGCAGAUCAGGGAGUGAAACUAAUGCUAUUGUGUUCUGCUUCUCUUCUAUACGACUUGGUCUGGAAGACAACACCUUACGCUUUGGGUCCAAACGAGGACAGCCAAGGAAGAACGAUAGUCCUCUCAGUUAAAACUGUGCCGCUGUAUUGUUGCUAUAAUCUGAAGUACUUGUUAGUUUUACCAAGUGAAUGUUUAAAAGAAUCAGUAUGCCUGAUAGCUUCAGUCUCUGUCUGCUCUGUAUGUGUGAAACAACAAAGAAAAAAAAUCAAUAGUUUGGCUGGUGGGGUUUUCAGAGGGGUUUACCUUCUGGUUUAUGUAUGCAAUAUAUCCAGGCUGUAGUCUGCAGCAGAAAUACUUUUAUCUUCCAGCCUGGAGUAAAGGGUUAAAAUACACUAUGGUAUGCCUUUAUGCAGCUACAGUAGCCUGUGCAUUAGUUUGCGAGUCCUGUAUGAGUGGCCAGUGCAGUAAGACUUUGAUGUUCUUCUUAUUUAUUUCAUACUUUUUCUAUUGUCAUGAAGCAUGGCCAUGAAAUACACUGAAUUCUGUGUGGUGUGUGCAAAUCUGUACUGAGUCUUAAGUGUGGAUAUUAAUACAGUCUUGCACUAAGUUGCGAGUAAAUGCAGAGCAAUGUGGGGGUUUUAUCCUCAUAUUGCAAUGCAAUGGGUCACACCUGCAUCAAACUACCGUGAUUUAGCAUUUAGCAUGCCUUGUAAAGCUUCUUUAACAUGCACAGGUUUGUCAGCAUGUAUAACAUGCAAGUUCAGUUUGGACACACACCUUGCAGCCAAUUAACUGUGAAGCACAGUGUGGUAGAUAGUGGAAUAUAUUAGCAUUUCUUUCAGUUUCUGUUAGAGGUGUUAAAUGUUAAGGCUGGUAUUAUUCUGUUUUUCUUAGUGUCAGCAAAAAUCUAUGAAAAGACCAAAACAAACAACACGUUAAUCCGUGUCUCAAUUGUUUUUGACUUCCCCACUCUGUCUGUGGCACUCAGCCCCAAGCCUAAUGAUUCUUAUUAAAGAUGUAAAUCUUUAAAGCUGCACCAUCCAUAUAUAUUUUUUACAUUUUUAAUGGGUCAAAUAACUAUGUUUAAUAUGAAAGGUGUCACUCAUAGUGAUGAACCCAAAGAGAAUUAUUACCUGACUCUGCAGUUCCCCACAACUCAACUAACGUUUUAGUAUAUUUCAGCUUAUUGUUUUGGUUUUAUGGCCCACAACUUUGCUGUUUUGAUUCACUCUCACUGCUCUCAACCUCAUUUCCAGCUACAGCAAGCAGCUGUAUGAAGUGAAAAAGGUCUGAUAAACCCAUGGUAUACUACUUUACAGCACCAAAGACAGACAAAAUUAGCGAUCAGCCAGCGGACAUAAUGGAGCAUUUAGCAGCUAAAGAGCUGAAUAUUUCCCCUCAGGAAAAACAGAGCUAAAAGAGAAUGAAUUUUGGAUUUACAUUCAUCAGGUGGCCAGAAACAUGACUCCAAAUAAAUGCAUUUGUGGCUCUGUGUCUGCUACACGUGUAAACUGGCAAUUUUUUUGCUAUGCCAUGAUUGAUACAGGUCACAAAUAUAUAGCUUUGAUUAAAAAUAAAAAAAGACAAAUUUCCUAAAACAGCUGGGCAAUCAUUUUUAACUUAUGUUACUCAAUAAGGAAUGAAGAGAGCAUUUAUCAGGAGCUAUUUUCAGCUAUUGACUAAUGCACAUUCUCUGCUCUAGUAAGAAAAAUAGAGAGAGCCAAUGAAGAAGAACAAGAGCAAGAGUAAGACCAAAAGGAGGGAUUUGACAUAAGCAUCACAGUUUUAAAUCAUAUUGUGAUUCCAAUUGAAAUAGAUGUUUAGUGCGAUUUUAUGAUGUAUUGAGGGGAAGCUGAUCUGUGAUGCAUACAAAUUCACACCUAUGUAGGUUUUACAGUAUUUGGAUAUCAUUUUUGCCCUUCGUUGUGUUUUACUACGAAAGCUAAAAGAAACCAUUAGAAAGAAUUAGCAAAUACAGUUUGACUUAAGGUUUUAUUAUCAUUUUUUUGAUGCAUCUCUGUUCCCCUGUGUGGUUUCACUAUCUAUGUGCUGAAAUACUAUCUAUGUGACAACUACUGAAAAAGUACGUAUGAAAAUAUUCUAAAAAAACAAUAUGCAUUUGUCUAAAGGAAUAAACAACUGCUGUAUGUAUUUUAUUUGUAAAAAACAAGGAACUGGAACAUGUUUUGAUGUGUGUUAAGGUAUUUAUUCUUUGUUUUUGCUGUUGAAGUUUUGUGGACUGACCUGUGUAUUUUGGAGAUUAACAGACUGAGGCCUUGGAGCAUUUAGCUUCUUAUAGUUCCCCAUCUAUGGAUUAUUGACCAAAAUACUCUUCUUUUAACACUGUUAUGAAAAGCUUUAUGUUUGCUCUUUAGAUGUACCAUAAAUCAUCACAGUCAUAAUCAAAGAAAUCAUAGUACCUAACAGUAAUGUCUGACCCCGUUUAGUGUUUUCAUUUAACAUGUCACACCAUGGUUUGCUGAGGUCAGGACACAUUACAACCCAUGCUGUGGUGCGGUCAGGGACACAGAACUUUGUAACAUUUACUGAAGUUAGAAAUUUUAGGGAAAAAAAUCACCCCUGCUAACUAGUCUGCCUGAAAAAGCUCUGAGUCCGACAUUGAUAAGCUAUCACUCUUUAAGAUAACCCAAGUUAUAUUAUUGCCCCUUGUGUACCAAGCACCUUAUCAAAUCUGCAUAUAGACUUUCCCCCUUUGUCUGAUAACAGUUUUCAAAAUAUAAAUUCCUGAUUUAAACCUACACAAGAUGUUCAUAGGAAUUCCCUCUUCUUGUUUAGUUCAUUAUUUUUCCUCUGACAAAAAAUCUUUUAUGAUAAGCGGCAUGAAGGGUUAGCUGAAGAUUUAUCAGCGAGGAGGCCUGAAUUAAUGUCAUGAUUUAAACUCAAAUUUAGGUCAAAGCAACCUCAGUCAAAGGGCACUAAGCAGACAUUGGAAAGGGAGGUACUGUAUAGGAAAAAGGAAAUAGACAGAACUGAUCCACGAUCCACAGUUCCUACAUUUAAUCAUCACAAGGUUGUUUUCUUUCCCUCAUCAGGCCUGUAAACAUACUUUAUUACUGUCUGAUUUAUGGCUCUGUGCUGGAAUAGCCUCGGCUGUUAAGUCCUGUUGAGUCUGAUUUGGAUGUAAAUUAUUUCCCACUGGUUAACUGAUAGACGUGUACAAGGAAUUUAAGGUGAGAGACCGGAGUUUAAACCUGCAUCUAACAUUAGGCAAGCAAACAUGGCUUCUGUUAACUUUUAAUGAAAUCAAACUUGGUGGGUUUGCUUUGCUUCAAACAUAAAAUACUAAGUAACUUAUAUAAUUUAUAAGUGUAUUGAUUUAUGUGUUGAAUUGAAAGUGAAUGAAUUACAGUGAUGAUAGCAAGGAAAGCUGACUGGAAAUGCUUGCCAAGUUUGUACCCCGAAUCCCCCUUAAACCUUUAGAAUGGUUUAGUCCACUGGUAUAAUACCUUGCCUUCCACAGAAGAAAGAUCAUACCAUUAUGAUAUACAGGGUACACAAAACAAAUUGAAGGUUACCCUUUUGUUUCCAGUAGCUUCAUCAGUAGGAUCCAUUUCAUGACCUAGUUAUAGUAUGUAAUGUGGUACUGAUUACAGUCAAAAUUCAACAAAGUUCUGUGUAAUUUAGUAAGUCCAAUUAGCUGGGUUGAGUUUAUUGUUGAUUUCCAGAGAAAUGUCUUGAAAGAUUCCAUUCUUCAAAUACAUUGAAUUGUAUGUUUGUCGGUUGACAAAUUUUACAGGUUUGCAUGCUCAGUCUCAAGAUGACACUAUCUUAGAAUUAGGAAUUAACUGGAGGUGUACCAACUGAUCACUUUCUUUAUAAUUAGUACCAAAUUACACGGUUCUUUCCAGUAAACCUCCUAGACAACUGGUGAAAAAAUGUUUAAGAACCAACAGUGACUCAUAACAUGGCUUAACCAGGCCUUCUUGAGUUCUUUCAAGUGUCUGAAACGUGGAUUUACUCUCAGUUGUAUAGUUAUGCUAACUGGAGGUUUAUUCAUGUCCACACAGACCCGUCUUCCUCCAUGGAGACGCAAUUAGCAGCAACAGCUCAGCAGACACAUCUUCAGCCAGCUGCCCAUGCUAGCUCUGUGGUAAAUGUUUCAUUAGAAUCUGCUUCAAAUUAAGAUCACAAGACCAGAAGGCUUUUCAUUUCAGCCAGUGCAGAUACCUGGCAAACCACUGAAACGCAAUUUACUCUUUCUUUGGUGACAAUGAUGCUGACAAUGAUAGUGAUGCAGGGCCAAUAUUCUCACAUCACAACCUUAAUACUUAGAACUCUUUACUGCUUAUUAGUGAAGCAUCUGCAAAGGCUUGUUAGUGACAUCAACCCCAGCUAUGCGUAGGUUCAGACUCGUCUCUGCAUGGAGUUGCAAUGGGCAGCAGUCCAAAACAGAUGAGGCAAUAUCUGGGUUCGGAAGCUCUGAAUAUUUAAUUAGUGGAAUUUUAAUGAGUUGAUACAGUACAGUAUGAGGAUUUCAUACAUUUUAAAAACUAGUCAGCAGCAUCAAAUGUUCAUUUGGCUGAUUUUCUUAUGUUUUCUUUUAAUUGUUGAAUCACUGAAUAUUUCAGAAAUGUAUUUUUAUGCUUAUUGAAAAAAAUGUUCAGACAUCAAAUUGAUGUUGGGGGUUAUUAUGCUGGAUCACCAUUGCAACAAUGUGGACAGUGAAGCACGCUGUGCUUUAUGGACUCACUGAUCUAGAUUGUUUGUUGCCAAGAACUGUUUUUUUUUAUCAUUUAGCUUGCUGCUUGUUGCCGGUUAAGGACAAACCGGCUCUGUGCUUCAGAAAAAGGCAUUGCAGAAAAAUAAACAGAGGUGCCCCAGUUCCAACUUUGCACUUUGACUGCCUUGUUUGCCGACAGUCGUAAUUAUGAAUUGCUUGUUCGUACUUUGCCAGCAUUCACAAACUGUUCAGGAAAGGCUUUCCCGUAUUAAGGGAGAGAAGAGUGGAGGUGGGGGUGGAGGAGGUGGGGUAGGGUGAAAAUUGUUCAUUUUGGAGACGAACAACCUCAAAGAGGCACUUCUUCUGCCCUUGGAGGCCGUUACUUAGCAACCAGAAGCCACAUUGCCAAAACUAGGUCCUGUCUUGUUUUUUUCUCUCUCUUUUUCAUUUUCACUCACAUAGUAACAUUGAAAUUUAACAAUACUAACCUGACUUAUAUUACUUAUAUAUAUUACUUUUAUUUCAUGUAUCUAUUUCAUUGUCUAUUUUCUUCUAUUAACUAAUAUUGUUAAUCACAUUAUUUUGUUCAUGUAAUUCCUUUCAUUCAGUGUCUGUCAUAAUCGGAAUUGUGCUUUGGCACCACAUGUCAAAUGUCAUGCCAAUAAAGCCUAUUGAAUUGAAAUUGUAACACGCUACCCUCACUCCUCAAUAUGUCUACACACCUCUUUCUUUUACACGUUCUUCCUCCAUCUCUGCUCCUCUUUCUCUGACUGACUGGUCAAAGGAUGAGCUCUUAACAGGAGUUUUACAAUCAGUGUUGAGAAAGGUAACGUUUUUUUUUAAAUCUGCUAUUCAUGGAUCUGUCGUUUCACAUUUUUCACAGGAUAACUCUGAAGACCAGUUUCUCCUCUCUCUCUCUCUCUCUCUCUCUCUCUCUCUCUCUCUCUCUCUCUCUCUCUCUCAAUCCUUCUUUCUUUCUAUUGUGAGUCAGGUUGAAGCCUGGAGGACAAGCUCACUGGUGCUUCUUCAGACCUUCCGCCCCAAAACAUUUCCUCUUCUCUUCUCUUCUCUUCUCUCUCUCUCUCUUCUCUUCUCUUCUCUUCUCUUCUCUUCUCUUCUCUUCUCUUCUCUUCCCUCCACAUGCUUUUGGAGCCAGGACAGGAGUAACCUAGGCAACCCCUUUAAUAAAAACUAAUAACAGACAGGACACAGGUUCUGAAUGCCUUUCCUCAGCUGGUUUAUGAAUGCUGACUCCUGCCAUGUCUUGCUGUACCCUUAACUUGUUCAAAGAAAAACAAAUAUCCAUCUUGAUGCUGUAUUGUGACUAUAUCCAAUAUUUAUUGUUGUAUAGCCUAUGUAGGCCUAUAUUGUGCAUGGACCUCUGUACAUACUGUAGGUAAUUUGAGCUCACAAACGCAUAUUUAUGGGUCUUAAUCUAGAGAAUGUAGGAAUAAUUUAUAUUUUCUAUCUGUUAAGGAUGAUAUGCCCUUUUUAGGAGGUCAGUCGGUGUCACAGAAAUAAAAGCCCCCAUGAGUUCUCUGCUUGCUGUAAAGUGUGAUGGUGCACUUCCGUUAAAUGACCCUCUCUCCGCCCUCUUUCUUUUUUGAUUGUGACUCCUGUCUCAGUGUUUUACUGUCUCAUCUCCCUGCACCAGUGCUUAGCAUUGAUCGAAUGUGUGGGAUUUUGUGUGUGUGUGUGUGUGUGUGUGUGUGUCUGCAACAUGGUUUACGGCUUCAGCAUUUGUAAUGUGUAAUGCUGCAGUUUGUAUGGAAUAAAAAAAUAUGUACAUCCAUAA